AUGAGAAAUCAAACUGGGGUCUUAGAAUUUCUCCUCCUGGGCCUGUCAGACAAUCCAGAGCAGCAACGAUUCUUCUUCAGGUUAUUUCUGGGCAUGUACCUCAUUGAAACACUGGGGAACCUGCUCACCAUCCUGGCAAUUUGUUUUGAUUCGUGCCUCCAUACUCCCAUGUACUUCUUCCUCUCCAACUUGUCUUUCCUUGAUCUCUGUUUCACCUCCACCACAGUUCCCAAAAUGCUGGUGAAUUACCUGUUAGGAAGUAAUGCCAUUUCCUAUCCAGAAUGCCUGGCUCAAAUGUAUUUUAUUAAUGCUUUUGGUGCAUCAGACAGCAUCCUCCUCUCUGCGAUGGCCUAUGACCACUACCUGGCUGUCUGUCACCCUUUACACUAUGGUACAGUCAUGACCUCACGCCUUUGUGCCCUACUGGUGGCUGUGCCUUGGGUUUCUGCUCACCUCAUCGCAAUGAUUCAUAGCAUAUUUAUAGACCAUCUAACCUUCUGUAUGAAUAAUAAAAUCCCUCACUUCUUCUGUGACAUAAAUACCUUAAUGAAACUCUCAUGUUCUGACACCCACAUUAAUGAAAUGUUAGUUCUUUUUUUAGGAGGGCCAGUAGUUCUAAUUCCCUUCAUCUGCAUUAUAGUCUCUUAUACUCCUAUUGCUUCUGCUGUGUGGAAAGUCCCAUCAGCUCAUGGGAAAUGGAAGGCCUUUUCUACCUGUGGGUCUCACCUCUCUGUGGUCACUCUUUUUUAUGGAACUGUCAUUGGUGUGUAUUUUAACCCCACAUCCACCCACACAACCCAGAAAGACAUGAUAGCAACUGUGAUGUAUACGGUAGUCACACCUACACUGAACCCUUUCAUCUAUAGCCUUCGGAAUAGUGACUUGAAAGGAGCCCUGGGGAAGCUUCUUGGCUUGAAACGUUUCUCCAAGAGAUGA